AAGUAUGGAGGCGUCGGCGUUUAGACGCGUCACUCGCUGAUAACGCAAAACUCUACCGCUUGACUUGAUAGGAACACCAUACCGAGAAAAAAAAACAAAAACAAAAAACAACGGAAAACAAGACAACAGGCACCGGUCACUCUCUGCACAUUUCUGCCAUUGCCAUGAAAUGAGGGCACCAUGGGCGCCAAGGAGUCACGGAUAGGCUUCCUUUCGUAUGACGAGGCCAUUAAAAGAGUUACCGAUGUGGAGCUCAAACGUCUGCGAGAUGCCUUCAAGAGGACCAGUGGCCUGUCUGUGUAUAUGACCCAGCAAUGCUUCUACAGGGAAGUACUGGGCGAUGGAGUUCCUCUAAAGGUUGCAGAGGUGAUCUACAACUCUUUUGGUGGCACUUCCAAAGGGCUGCACUUCAACUACCUGAUCGUUGGGCUGGUUCUGUUAACAAGAGGACGUGAUGAAGAGAAAGCCAAAUACAUCUUUAGCUUGUUCGCUAGUGAUUCGGGGACCUAUGUGGUCCGGGAGGAUGUGGAGAACAUGCUCCGUUCAGUGGAUGGGGAGGUCCCGCCCUCACUUAGGAAGUGCUUCACAGAGGGAGAGAAGGUGAAUUACGAUACGUUUAAGAGCUGGCUUCUGCAGAAUAAAGAUGCUUUCACGUUCUCCCGCUGGCUGCUGUCAGGUGGUGUGUGCGUCACGUUGACCGACGACAGCGACACACCCACUUUCUAUCAAACCCUGGCUGGUGUCACACACUUAGAAGAAUCAGACAUUAUAGACUUGGAAAAGCGUUAUUGGCUGCUGAAAGCCCAAUCAAGGACAGGCCGGUUUGAUUUGGAAACCUUUGUCCCUCUGGUCUCGCCCCCUAUUCACACAUCGCUUAGUGAAGGCUUGUUUUAUGCCUUUGAUGAGAAUCGGGACAAUCAUAUUGACUUUAAGGAGAUAUCUUGCGGGCUCUCAGCGUGCUGUCGGGGCCCUGUAGCGGAGAGGCAAAAGUUUUGUUUUAAAGUGUUUGAUGUAGAUCGGGAUGGAGUUCUGUCUAGGGAUGAGAUCCACGAGAUGGUGGUGGCGUUGCUGGAGGUGUGGAAGGAUAACCGUACAGACACCCUCCCUGAGUUUGAUUCCAGCGUUUCAGACAUUGUAGGGGACAUACUGAAAAUGCAUGACACAACAAAACAAGGACACUUAACCCUGGAGGACUAUCAGAUAUGGAGUGUGAAAAGUGCCCUCGCCAAUGAGUUCCUCAACUUGCUGUUUCAGGUGUGUCAUAUCGUCCUGGGCCUACGUCCUGCUACCCCUGAAGAGGAAGGCCAGAUCAUUAGGGGUUGGCUGGAGAGGGAGAGCAGACACGGGCUACAGCCUGGUCAGAACUGGUUCCUGAUCUCCAUGCAGUGGUGGCAGCAAUGGAAAGACUAUGUCAGAUAUGAUAAUAAGUCGAUUGUCAUGGAGCAGCCGUCAGUGCAGGGCAGUGGGAUGAGAAGUUCUCAGUCCACAGCACCUAUAGAGCCUGUCCUGAACAGAAAUGGAAUAGUGGUCCGUUCCCCCAGUUCCCCAGAAGAAAAAUUCCCUGAUAACAUCUCCAGCUCAUCAGAGGCGUCAGAGAGCACUGGUAAUAGCCUAACCCCACACGCCAGUUCCUCUGCCACGGAUGUCUGCUUUGCCCGGCAGCACAACAUCUCUGACAACAACAACCAGUGUUUCUCCAGCACCAAUGGACAUUUACCUAACAGCAUGGCCACGCAGAGACCUGGUGCCAUAGACAACCAGCCUCUGGUGACCACCGAGCCCAUGAAGCCUGUGAACUUCUCACUCAGUCAAAUUGAUUUAUUUCUUAAGCAAGUGCACCAGUAUAGUCAAGCCCCAUGCAUCUCUCCAUUGUGCUUCUGCUGUCUCUUCUUCCUUCAGGUCAUCAUGUCUAUAGUCGCAGCUCAACCAGAGCUGGAACUCUUUCCCCGCUACCUUAUGUUCCUGCGCCAGCAACCGGCCACACGCAGCCCUCAGUCUAACAUCUGGGUCAAUAUGGGAAACGUUCCUUCUCCGAACGCCCCUCUGAAGCGAGUGCUGGCAUACACAGGCUGUUUCAGCAGGAUGGGCACCAUUAAAGACAUUCAUGAUUACCUGUCCCAGAGGUUACGCAUCAAAGAAGAGGACAUGCGCCUCUGGCUCUACAACAGUGAGAAUUACCUCACUCUCCUGGACGAUGAAGAUCACACUUUAGAAAGUUUGAAAAUUCAAGACGAACAGCACUUAGUCAUUGAGGUUCGAAACAAAGAUAUGAGCUGGCCAGAGGAAAUGUCUUUCAUUGCAAACAGCAGCAAAAUCGACAGACACAAAGUUCCUACCGAGAAAGGUGCCACAGGUUUGAGUAACCUGGGAAACACAUGCUUCAUGAACUCCAGUAUUCAGUGUGUAAGCAAUACCAAGCCCCUCACUGAGUACUUUAUCUCAGGGCGACACCUUUAUGAGCUUAACAGAACCAAUCCAAUCGGAAUGCGUGGUCACAUGGCCAAAUGCUAUGGUGAUUUGGUACAGGAACUCUGGAGCGGCACCCAGAAGAACGUUGCACCUCUGAAACUCAGAUGGACGAUAGCAAAGUAUGCACCAAGAUUCAACGGCUUCCAGCAGCAAGACUCACAGGAGCUUUUGGCCUUCCUGUUGGAUGGGCUUCACGAAGACUUGAAUCGUGUGCAUGAGAAGCCGUACGUGGAGCUCAAGGACAGCGAUGGACGGCCAGAUCAUGAAGUGGCCACAGAGGCCUGGGAAAACCAUUUGCGGAGAAAUCGUUCUAUUGUGGUCGACCUCUUCCAUGGGCAGCUCAGGUCCCAGGUGAAGUGCAAGACCUGUGGCCAUAUCAGUGCCCGCUUCGAUCCCUUUAACUUCCUGUCGCUGCCGCUUCCCAUGGACAGCUCCAUGCACUUAGAAAUCACAGUUAUCAAACUUGACGGCUCCACUCCGGUGCGGUACGGGCUCCGUCUCAACAUGGAUGAGAAGUACAUGGGCCUGAAGAAACAGCUGAGUGAGCUGUGCAGCCUGAAACCUGAGCAGAUUCUACUGGCUGAGGUUCACACGUCCAACAUCAAGAACUUUCCUCAAGACAAUCAGAAGGUUCGACACUCUGUGAAUGGCUUUCUCUGUGCAUUUGAGAUCCCUGUGCCUGGCUCGCCCACCUCAGUCACCUCUCCAAUGAUAACAGAAAAACCACCUAUGGCCAAUGGGACAGCAGGGAACAAUAACAUUGGAAAGACUGGCCUGAUUCCUAAUGGCAUGCCCAGCACAGUGGUCCCCUGCACACCAGAGAAGCCCCUCGCCAAUGGUAUUCCUAAUGGCCAUGCUGUGCCCAUGCAAGACAGCCCCUUUAUCGGCUACAUCAUUGCCAUGCACAGAAAGAUGAUGCGGACAGAGCUGUACUUCCUGUCCUCUCAGAAGAACAGGCCCAGUCUGUUCGGUAUGCCGCUGAUUGUGCCAUGCACAGUUCACACGUGUAAGAAGGACCUGUAUGAUGCUGUGUGGAUCCAGGUUUCCCGACUUGCCAGCCCUCUGCCCCCACAGGAAGCCAGCAACCAUGCUCAAGACUGUGAUGACAGUAUGGGUUACCAGUACCCCUUCACUCUGCGAGUGGUGCAGAAAGAUGGUAAUUCCUGUGCUUGGUGUCCUUGGUACAGGUUCUGCAGAGGCUGCACAGUGGACUGUAAUGAAGACAGAGCGUCAUUGGGGAAUGCCUACAUUGCUGUAGACUGGGACCCCACCGCCUUGCACCUUCGUUACCAGACCUCUCAGGAAAGGAUAGUGGAAGAGCAUCCCAGCGUUGAGCAGAGUCGGCGCGCUCAGGCAGAGCCCAUCAGUCUAGACAGCUGUCUGAAAGCCUUCACCAGUGAAGAAGAGCUGGGAGAGGAUGAGCUCUAUUACUGCUCCAAGUGUAAGACCCACCGCCUGGCCACCAAGAAGCUGGACCUCUGGAGGCUGCCUCCUGUACUGAUUGUUCAUUUGAAACGCUUCCAGUUUGUCAAUGGUCGCUGGAUUAAGUCUCAGAAGAUUGUGAAGUUUCCACGUGAGAGCUUUGACCCCAGUGCAUUUCUGGCCCCACGGGAGGUUGCUCAAAGCAUGGGCAGCCUGCAGAGUGAAUCCCUGGUAGAGGAGCUCCAGAGGCUGGAGAGAGGAGACUCUUCUGUGUCCUCCAUCUCCACUACUACAGUGGCCAGUCCUCCCACUUCUGGCAGAGGCACCCCGUGCUCCAUCAGGAGGGUGGGCAGCCCAAUGAGCAAAAACAGCAGCCCUGGCAGCAGCCCCAGGAAUACAGGGCGGAAACAGGGGCGUCUGCGUCUUCCCCAGCUGGGCAGUCGACAUCGACUCUGCAACAGCAAAGAAAACCUGGAUGCCUGUAGCAGCAGCAAGGAGAGCGAGACCGAGUUGGAGCAGGGCACAGUGACGGAUGGGGAGAAUCAGAUGCUAUCUGAUGCAAAUGCACAAGACACCUGGUCACUGGACGCCCCAAGCAAUGACUGCGAUGUCAUCAUGGUGAAUGGAUUGGGACAAGAGAGCAGUCAGAGUAACGGACACUCGGACGUCAGCACAGACCUGGACACCCCUCACCAAAGAAAUGACAUCUGCCUGGAAACCCUGUACAAUUUAUAUGCAAUCUCAUGCCAUUCAGGAAUAAUGGGAGGGGGGCACUAUGUGACUUAUGCCAAAAACCCUAAAGAAAAAUGGUACUGUUACAACGACAGCAGCUGCAAGGAAGUUCAGUCGGACGAGAUUGACACAGAUUCGGCCUACAUCCUGUUCUAUGAGCAACAGGGAGUGUACUACUCACAGUUUCUGCCAAAAACAGAGGGCAAAAAGAUGGCAGACACCACUAGCAUGGACGAAGACUUUGAAUCUGACUACAAGAAGUACUGUGUGCUGCAGUGAUGCCAUGCUCUUCCACAUCAAAGACACUGGGGCUGUCAGUACGCCAGUGCAAUGACAACUGAAACGGCAGCGUCGCCCCAGAGGACCAUCAUUUGUGAAAGCACAAAAUAUCAGUUAGCUGACAGGCACAAGACCGCCGCUGACUGCUCUUUCAGAAUAGAGGUACCUGACACUUCAGAUACACGAGGGAGAGGGUGAAUGAGUGAAUCACAGAGAACUGUAGCGAUCAUGUGAUUGUUGCCAAGCAAACAAAUAACUGUUAGCCAAUCCCUUGAUCUCACCAUUACAAGACAGACAAAACUGCUCUUUCACAUGCCAGCCCACACAGGUGAAUCCAAAAAUCACGUAACAAGAGCUCAUGCUUCUAUAUUGCUAAUUUUCAGAAUGCUAAUUGACAAAACAGGUUGUUUUAAUUAGGAAAUUGACGGUGAAGAUGGUAUUGGUAUCAAUUAUAGAGGUUUCUCUAAAGCUAUUGUUGGCUUAGUUUUUUUUUUCUUCAGUAAGUUCCAUACACUACCUCACAUCUUUCGCAGUUGGCCAACUGUUCAUAGAAAAUCAGAGUGACAGUAUUAUAUCACCUGAGGGCAGUUAAAAUUACUUCUACUUUAUAUACAAAAUUCACUUUCAAAAAAAAGUUGCUUUUUUUAUUUAAAUUAAUUAAAUAUCCUCCCACUCCUCUGCUGCCAAAUUAUGCACGUACUAUUUUUGUUGAUUUUAGUUUUAAAUCUUAUUUAAGAUGGUUACUUUCAGGCUUCGUUUCUCUUUAGAAGAGUUAAUGUAUUACUCUCCUUAUUAUUAUUUUUUUAUAAAUUUAUUUUUAUCACUGAUUACUUUUAUGACUUUUUUUUAAUGCAGUUGUUCACCUUGCCUAAACGCAUUUGCUUACAGCUUUAGUCUCAGCUGUCUGAUCAAACCACGUCCUCUCAACAAAUGCACAGCUUUUUACAAGUUUUCCUGUUACCACUGUAUUUUUUGCUUGGUAAAAUACUGUUGACCACAGAGACUAAAAACGGCAACCAGAUACAUAUCUAAACAAUGUUUUCUUACCAGAGAGACUUUGCAUGUCCAAGCCAAAGUGUUCAACUGGUCACGUACAUAGUUUACGGGAAGCAUUGCAUACUGUUAGAUGAGAGCAUAAGAGGUAUGUUGUGUGAACAGUAUUAGCACGGAGAAAUAUUUCACAGCCUUUGCUUUUAGAGAACAGCAUUCUCACUAAACUGCUGAACGUUCUGGACGUCUGUGUCGGAGGGUGUUCCAGGUUAUUAGUAGCAUUUCUUAAGUGACUCUUGAUAAGAGAGCCCAUCUUAAUUAGCACUGUGAAAAGAUGAAUGAAAUAUUGAACGGCUCUUAUUUUUCAGCAACUCAUCAACUGAAUGAGCUCCUCCUGUGAGGGUGCGUUAAACCCUUGGAAAUCACCGGGAAUCAUUUGCAAACAUCCAUUUUGCUGCUGUACUUUUCAGAUUUCCAUGUCAUGGAUAUUCAAACUAAAUAUUUGCCAUCAAAGAAAGGUUUAUCCCUGUUGAAAAAGAAAUGUUUGUGAAAUAAACACAGCUGUAUUACUGUAAGGCGAUUAUUAAUCAUCAUAAUGAGUAAUGCAAAUAUGAUAUAUGGACUGUAAACAUUUUGUAGGUAUUUUAAUGUUAAAAUAAAAAUAGAUAUCCAACAUCCAAAAUCAAAAUAUGAUUUCACUAUUCUCCAAUUAAAAUUGGACUUUUGCGCAAUUACAAUUACAGUAACAAAUGUUUCUGAAACCACAAACAUGUUUUAAACAUUCACUGAUUUUUUUUCUCUUUUUUUUAUACAGGGAUAAUUUAUUAAAAUGGCAAAAUUAUCUCUUUUCAAGUAGUGCAAUCAACUACUGAUGUGUGUCUUUGUCCAUGUUGUUAGUCCUAAUUUUGUUAAAUUAAUUUUGAUGAACUGCUAGAGAUGUAUUAAUUUAAUGAACUUGAUUUUGUAAAGUGUUGUUUAAAUAAAAUUGACAUUGCACUGACAAAUGUACAUAAAUGUUUUGUAAAUACGCCAAUGAAAAUGAUGUAUUUGAAAAUGAACUGUACAAAUGUACUUGUAGUUGUAUAUGGAGUGAUACUGUAGAUCUGUAACAAUUAUUCAAGAAACAAAUUAAAUGCAGCCAAAUGCAA